GCCCUCUCAGCAGUUCAGCAGUCCUGCUCCCUCGCUCCGAAGAGCCAGCUCAGCCACUUUCCCGUUCCAUGUCCCACCAGAAGCCAGAACCCCACGUCUCUCAGCACCCCUCAUCCUGUGCCCAGAAGGCCAAGGAAAGGAACUGGGAGAGGCAGUGAGGAAGGAGGAUGUGGUGAGGCCCACUCACCCUGAGAGUGCCAAAGAGCCCAUUUCCCCAAAGCCGGCGGGCGAGUGCCCUGACAGAGCAUGGCCCUCCCAGCCCCGGGCCUGGAUCCCUGGAGCCUGCUGGGCCUUUUCCUCUUCCAGUUACUGCUGCCAUUCCCGCCUCCCACGACCGCCGAGGCAGGCGGGCAGGGGCCCGUGCCCAGGGUCAGAUAUUCCGCAGGGGACAGACGCAGGGCUCUUAGCCUCUUCCAGCAGAAGGACCUCCGGGAUUUUGACAUGCUGCUCCUGAGCGAUGAUGGAAACACUCUCUUUGUGGGAGCUCGGGAAGCCAUCCUGGCCCUGAACAUCCAAGAGCCAGGGGUCCCAAGGCUACACAACAGGAUACCCUGGCCAGCCAGCGACAGGAAGAAGAAUGAAUGCGCCUUUAAGAGGAAGAGCAAUGAGACACAGUGUUUCAACUUCAUCCGCGUCCUGGUCUCUUUCAAUGCCACCCAUCUCUAUACCUGUGGCACCUUUGCCUUCAGCCCCGUGUGCACCUUCAUUGAACUCAAAGAUUCCACCCUGAUGCCCAUCUUGGAGGCCAAUGUGAUGGAGGGGAAGGGCCAAAGCCCCUUUAACCCGGUCCACAAGCACACAGCGGUCCUCGUGGAUGGGAUGCUGUAUUCUGGCACCAUGAACAACUUCUUGGGCAGUGAACCCAUCCUAAUUCGCACAUUGGGCCAUCCUGUCCUCAAGACGGACAACUUCCUCAACUGGCUGCAGGCUGAUGCCUCCUUCGUGGCAGCCAUUCCUUCGACCCAGGUCGUCUACUUCUUCUUCGAGGAGACAGCCAACGAGUUUGACUUCUUUGAGAGGCUCCACACGUCUAGGGUGGCCCGAGUCUGCAAGAACGACGUGGGUGGCGAGAAGCUGCUGCAGAAGAAAUGGACCACCUUCCUGAAGGCCCAGCUGCUCUGCGCCCAGCCUGGGCAGCUGCCCUUCAACAUCAUCCGCCACGCAGUCCUGUGGCCUGCGGGUUCCUCCGGGGUUUCCCACGUCUACGCAGUCUUCACUUCCCAGUGGCAGAUGGGUGGGACCCAGAGUUCUGCUGUCUGCGCUUUUUCUCUCACGGACAUCGAGCGUGUCUUUGAGGGGAAAUUCAAGGAGCUGAACAAGGAGACUUCACACUGGACCACUUACAUGGGCUCUGAGACCAGCCCCCGGCCAGGCAGUUGCUCAGUGAGCCCCUCCUCCGAUAAAGCCUUGACCUUCAUGAAGGACCACUUCCUGAUGGACGAGCCGGUGGUCGGGAGGCCCCUGCUGGUGAAGUCUGGCGUGGAGUAUACCCAGCUGGCGGUGGAGACAGCACCGGACGUCGAAGGGAACCGCCAUGUGAUCAUGUACCUGGGCACUACCACAGGGUUGCUGCACAAGGCAGUGGUGAGCAGUAACGGCAGUGCCUACCUGGUAGAGGAGAUUCAGCUAUACCCUGCCCCGGAGCCUGUGCGGAACCUGCAGCUGGCUCCCACCCAGGGUGCGGUGUUCGCAGGCUUCUCGGGCGGCGUCCUGAGGGUGCCCCGAGCCAACUGCAACAUCUAUGAGACUUGUGUGGACUGUGUCCUCGCCCGGGACCCCCACUGUGCCUGGGAUCCCGAGUCCCGAACUUGCAGCCUCCUGCCCACCCCCAUCCCGAGCACCUGGAAGCAGGACGUAGAACGAGGGAACCCAGGGUGGGCGUGUGCAACUGGGCCUGUGGGCAGGAGUCACCAGCCUCAGAGCCGCCCCCAAAUCAUUAAAGAAGUGCUGGCGGUCGCCAACUCCAUCCUGGAACUCCCCUGUCCCCACCUCUCAGCCCUGGCCUCUUACCACUGGAGCCACAGGGCAGCGGCCAUUCCGGAAGCCUCUUCCACCGUCUACAACGGCUCCCUCUUGUUGCUCCUGCGGGAAGGGGCUGGGGGUCUUUACCAGUGCUGGGCCACCGAGCACGGGUUCUCCUACCCCGUGGUCUCCUACUGGGUAGACAGCCAGGAGCAGCCUCUGGCACUGGACCCUGAACUAGCGGGAAUUCCCCGGGAGCGCAUGGAGGCCCCGCUGACCAGGAUGGCGGGCGGGGCCGCCCUGGCCGCCCAGCGCUCCUACUGGCCACAUUUCCUCACUGUCACCGUGCUCCUGGCCCUGGUCCUCUCUGGAGCCCUCAUCUUCCUCCUCGCCUCCCCGCUGGGGGCGCUCCGAGCCCGGGGAAAGGUCCAGGGCUGUGGGACGCUGCCUCUUCCUCCCGGGGAGAAGGCCCCCCUGAGCAAGGAGCAGCCCCUCAAGCCCCCCAAGGAACACAGGACCUCUGCCAGUGACGUGGACGCUGACAACAACCACCUGGGCACUGAGGUGCCAUGAACGCUGUGAGCAGAGGCUGGUGCUGUUGUAGGGCGGGGUGCCUGGCCGUGCUGCUUGGGGACCCCCAGCCAUGCAGCAGCCCCGAUCAGGGUGGGACCAGCACGAAAGACCACCUCCUCCUUUCUCCCACGAAAGAGGAGGGUCUCCUUCCACUCUGCCUACUGACAGCGCCCAGCGGGGCCUUGAGCAGCGGCCGGACUCUCCCUGGGGACUCCCUUGGACCAAGCACAUGGGGCACAAGCUCCCUCAGCGAGCUGCCCCCGACCUGAAUCCAGGCUGACCGCAGGCCCUGGAGAGAACGCUCCAGAAAUACACUGCUCUGCAGGAGAUCCUACAAAACCUGCCUGUUCAGGACCCUCCGGUAAUAUGCAAUGACCUUCUCCCCCACCACAGCGCACCACUCCUGGAGACUCCGCUCCCAGGGCAGCUGCCACUUUGGACACCCACGUGCCCCUCUCUCAGGCAUCUCCGGGGUUCUGCAGGGAGCUGCCCCUGGCUGUUCCCAUCACCAACCAUGCACGACUGGCUCCCAGGAAGUCCUUCCUGGAGUCUGACCACCUUCCUUCCUGCUUUGGGGCAGGUUUUGAUCCCUUCUGCCCUGGCUUGAAUGGCAGGGGUAAUCUGAGCCUUGUUCACUCCCCAACACACACACCCCUUGACCUCUCAACCCUUCCCCUCCCUUCCCCUUUCCUUUGUUCUGGGAUUCAGAAAACUGCUUGUCACAGACAGUUUAUUUUUUAUUAAAAGACAAAGCUUGUG